AUGCUUUAUUCCACUCAAUGUUCUGUCCUGGCCUUUUUUGCCUUGAUUUUCCUGGGGUGCCUCUUCAGCCUGGGAACUACCACAAAUGAAAACCAGAUCCUGCUCCUCUCCAACUCCACCACGGGAGUCACCUUAAUCAGAGACUCAACAAGAUGCCAUCUGCACUGCACCCUCACAAUGCAGGAGGAAAAGAAACUCUUGGCUUGGAUGAUUGCUCAGGAACAGAUCACGUCUGUGAGCAAGAGCCACCAGAAGACCUUUAAAGAAAUGCAGAUCCCUUUCAAGCUUAGUAAUGCUUCUUAUCAACAGCUGGCUGGAACUCUGCUCAGAAAGAACAAGCUACUGAAUAUAGGUCUGUUUAAGCAGCAUUUCCAGGGCAACUACCUCAUGAGUAUCUUGAAGUCACUGUUCCAAGCUUCCUCCAGUGACAAGCAGAAGGGUAUCCUAGUGCUGGUGCGCUUAACUGCCCUUGACACUGACAAUGUCAAGAUCUUCAGUCCACAAAUACUGGAAGGGCAGUUUCUGGUGAUCCAUUUCUUGUCUACUGUCUAUCCUCCUGUGACAGCCCUGAAAACCAGCUUCAGUGAGGCCUACCCCAGUAUGGUCCAAUUGAAUGAGAAUAUGGCCCAUGUUUUAUUCAUGAACUUUGCUUCCAACUUCUCUGUCUAUUUCCUGAUGAUUGAAGAUAAUGUCCACUGUUUGCCCACUUCUAUCACAUGCAUGUGGAGAAAGGUAGUGACUUGGGAGAAAGAUGACUGGCUGCUAAUGGAAUUCUCAACAUGGGGUUUUGCUGGCAAAUUCUUGCACUCUAGUGACUUCCCCUGGUUGGUUCGAUUCUUCUUCCUCUACAGGGAAGCAUCCCCUGAAGUGUUUCUCUAUCACUUCCAAAAGCUGCUGGCCCAGAACAAUUCCAUCCAAUUCAGCCCCUUCUUCUUCCAUCAAAUGAGCUUCUUCAGUAAGGACAGGUUCAACAGACUAGGAUACAAGUCAUUCACAAUGGAGAUACCCAACAACCCACCUGCAACUGUCUACAGUGAUUUACAGAUUUUAAAUAAUGUUUCUCUCCAAAAGGCCUAUAUUCCAAGGGAGGAAGGGGUCUUCUGGGCACUGGAGUCUAAGGCUGGCAACCAUCCAAAUGUGUUCUUGGCCAAGGCAGCCACCAUAACCCAGGGGCAGGUGUUGACAGGCAGAGACCAGGAUAACAAUGAGAAGAUGAAGGAUGAAAAAGUACAAUUAUACUAUGAUGCCAAGGAAGAGCUCAAAUUCUGUACUCAUUACCUUCUGGGGCUACUGGUAAAUGGGAAGCUGGACUAUAAGAUAUGGAAUAAAAAGACAGGGAACAAUAUGAGCUGCCUGAAGCUAGUAAUGAGUACCUCUCAACACUGCAGAAUAAAGAUCUAGUGCAUUAAUAUUUGGAGC